CGAUAGUGUUAUCGGAGCCGACUUGUGUAAUAAAAACACAAAAUUAAAAUUUCCGUAAAUGCCGUGGACUGAUUAAUUUGUAAUAGGAUACUGUACCAGAUUUCGUAUUGCACAGAGGUGCAUCAAAUAAUAAAGGAUUCCCGACAAAUGCACCCGAAACUCAGACUGAAAUUGGACCUCGAUUAACCCAUGCUGCCCGCCAUCAUUUUCCGGCAGGCGCAGCGGCCCCUGCACCAUGGAGCCGCCACUUUGGAGCACGUCCUGGGCGUCGGCGGGAGCAGCUUCGUGAACUGCCUGAAUCGCUAUGCCGCCGCCACGGGCUUCAUCCGCAUCUCCUUCCUGGACAUUAAACGCAGGAGGAACUAUGAGUUGGCCCGCCUGCGUCUCUACGCGGAUGAGAAGAAGCAGUCGCUGCAUCUGCGGACUUUGCAGGGUCGCCAUCUGCUGCAGGGCGUCAUCGAGAGGAAGAACUUCCUGGUGGACGAUAUACGGGAGGCGAGGCACAAGGUCCAGGAGCGGGUGCGCGAGAAGAUCGUGGAGAUCCGGGAGGAGCGCGAGAAUAUCAUGACCAUACCCAACAUGCUGACCAUCAGUCGCGCCUUCCUGUCGCCCUACAUUGGCUAUGUGAUCGUCCAGGGCGACUUUACGCUGGGCAUGAGUCUGCUGGCCUUUGCUGGAUUCACGGAUCUGUUGGAUGGACAGAUAGCCCGUCGGUGGCCCUCGCAGGCGAGCAAGUUCGGCUCCUUCCUGGAUCCCAUGGCCGAUAAGUUGCUGAUGGGCUCGCUGGUCAUCUCCUUGUGCUACACAGAUCUGCUGCCCAUGUGGCUGACAGGAAUUGUGGUCUUCCGGGAUGUGUUCCUGCUGGGAGCUGGUUUUGUUAUACGCUACAUAAGUCUGCCACCGCCGAAAACCUUUUCGCGCUAUUUCGAUGCCACCCAUGUUACCGCUCAACUGGAGCCCACGCUGCUGAGCAAGAUCAACACGGGCGUGCAGCUGGCCACCAUUGGCCUCAGUUUGGGGGCUCCCAUUUGGAACUAUUUGGAUCACCCCGCUCUGCAUGGCCUCUGGUAUCUGACUGGCCUAACCACGGCUGCCACUGCCCUCAGCUACGUCCUGAAUCGGCAUAAUACAUUUAAGAUUAUCCAGAAGAAGACGUAGGACCGGGCAUUUCCGAUAUAAAUAUCUAUGAAAACUACAAAGGAGUAGUUACUCUCCUUAAGCAAUGAUUAGUAUGUAUUGUGUUUUCUAAAUGAUUACCAUCUAAAAUUAAAUAAAUCUAUUUUGUUAACAAA